AUGGCCCUUGUUUUCUUUGCCUUGCUUUCUUCGGCAGUGGGCGCCUGGCCAGGGGCCUGUCCCUUGGGCGGGAAUGAGCGGCGCCAUCUUGACGCUGCGAGGACAGAAGGCAUGCCAGAUCUGGCUGUAGCUUUGCAACUUUCAAGCCAGAAGAUCCAUGAAUCUACAGCCGGCCAGAGCGAGCCCACCCCAAAUUCUUUGACCCAAGGCGGCUUUAAGCCCGGUGACUUGCCGCACAAUGCAGGCCAAAGUCCGUCUGUCCAUGAUGUCUGCCAAGACUUCCUGCUUCGGGAUAAAGCCAAGAACGCAAUCGCCCUGAGUCCGAGGGCGUCGCCGGCAAAGUUGAUUGACACCUUUGCAUUCGUCGAUUCGUAUGAAGUGGAGGAGUUGCUACUUCGAUUCUAUGAGAUGGGCGAGGAGGUGUCUGAGAUUCACAUUGUCGAGGGCGAUCGCGACUUUACAGGAGGGAUGAAGCCGUACAACUUCGAUGCACUGCUGAACAGCGGGCAGCUGGACCCAUGGAAAAACAAGAUCACAUACCACCAGGUCAAGAUCCCUGAGGGCGUGAAGGGCUAUGCGAUACAGGGAUUUCAGAGGCGAGAAUUGCGGUCACAGAUGAAUUGGUUAAAGGACUACGACCAGAGUGACAUGCUCUUGGAAUCGGACUUGGACGAGAUUGUGAGCCAUAAAGUUUUACGAGCCUUGAAGUGGUGCAAACCAGGCGGAGGCGUUUGGAGAUCUCAUGUCCGCAUGAAAGACUUGACUUAUAGCGUUGCGUGGAGCAGGCUCAGUGGCUUUUCGGACUAUCCAACGACCGUUGGUUUUAUGAGCGAACAUGAAGGAGAGGUGCCCAAGCUUGCACGUGACCUAGGCUUCAUUGAUCGGCCAAAUGAACUUAGUGCUAUGGACGGUAGCCACGUUGCUUGGCAUUUUUCGUUCAUGCUCAAUAGCUCUGCUCUUGCGCACAAACUUUUCAUCCGCGUGGAAGGGCGCUUCCACUACGCCCAAGGAUUCCAGACUGAAGCUGAUUUGGCCACCUUUAUAGAAAAUACCUUCUACUCCGACCCGAGCCGCCACGACCCUGAAAUUCAUCCUUCAAAUGUUGAGCACCCAGAAAAAUUUCCAAACAUUCUGCGCAAUGUCACGUGGUAG